AUGGAAUCAGUUCUCCAACCCAUCCUCGGCCCCAAGAAGGAGAUCCACGACCUCACCGGUCGCGUGGCGCUCAUCACCGGCGGGGCCCUGGGCAUCGGCUACGAGGUCGCCCGUGCCUUCGUCCUCAACGGCGCCCGCGUCAUCAUGGUCAACCGCAAAGAAGAACAAGGACAGUCAGCCAUUGAAUCCAUCAAAAAGGAGGCCGGCGAGGGGGCCCAGAUCGAAUGGGUGCCCUGCGACAUGGGCAACCUCAAGGAAGUGCGGGAGGUGUUCGAGGGGAUCCGCCAGCGAGAAGAGCGCCUAGACCUGCUCAUCCUCUCCGCCGGCAUCAACGCCAACCAAUACGGCGAGACCGCCGACGGCAUCGACCGCCACUUCCAGGUCAACUGGCUGGGCCAGUUCUACGUCGUCAACCAGCUCUACCCGCUCCUCCGCAAGACCUCGAAGCUGCCGGACACGCCGGCCCCGCGCAUCGUCUUCGAGUCCUCCGAGCAGCACCGCAACGCCCCGCCCAACGUGCACUUCGCCUCGCUCGAGGAGCUGAACAACCCGGAGGUCGGUAACACCCAGCUGUACGGCCGCACCAAGCUGGCGAUCAUCCUCGGGGUGAAGUACGGGCUGCUGGAUCGGGUCAUCAAGCCGAAUGGCGAUAACAUAUAUGCGCUGUCGGUGCAUCCUGGUGCUGUGAAUACGGCCAUGCAGCAGCAGUGGAAGGACGCGUACCCCGGGAUCUUCGGGAACCUGCUGACCAAGGUGAUGCUGGCGGUGGGGCGCAACGUCGAGCAGGGCUCGUUCAGCGCGCUGUGGGCGGCGACGAGCCCCGAGGUCGCGGAGAAGGGGUGGAACGGGUAUUAUUUCAGUGACGUCGCACAGCCGGGCAAGGAGAGCAGCCAGGCGUCGGAUCCGGCGCUGGGGGCCGCGCUGUGGGAUCUCAGCCAUCGAUUGAUCCGGGAGAAGGCGGGCGAGGAUGCGGUCGUGGAUUGGGGGCGUGCUUAG